AUUGGAUGAGAGGCGACCAAUAGGACGCUGACAAAAGAUUGCUGUGUGGUCGACAAGAGUGUGACCAGUGUUGCAGAAUGUUUGGAAAACUUUCUAUUUCGCUGUUUGUUCUCUUUAUUUUCUACAGUGACCAUGCUGACGCACAGAAGAAAAAAGAGACUCUGCUGUCUGAGAAGGUGACUCAGAUGAUGGAGUGGACCUCCAAGCGUUCAAUCAUCAGGAUGAAUGGAGAUAAGUUUCGUCGAUUUGUUAAAGCUCCUCCCAGAAACUACUCUGUGGUAAUCAUGUUUACAGCUCUGCAGCCACAGAGACAGUGUGGAGUCUGCAGACAAGCUGAUGAGGAGUUCCAGGUGCUGGCUAACUCCUGGCGUUAUUCCUCUGCCUUUACUAACAAAGUCUUCUUUGCAUCUGUCGAUUUUGAUGAAGGAUCAGACGUCUUUCAGAUGCUCAAUAUGAAUUCUGCUCCAACCUUCCUGCACUUCCCAUCCAAAGGGAAACCUCGCAAGUCUGAUACCUAUGAGCUGCAGGUCAGGGGCUUUGCAGCUGAGCAGCUGGCCAGAUGGGUGGCAGACAGAACUGAUGUGCAGAUUCGCGUCAUUCGUCCUCCCAACUACGCAGGACCUCUCCUGCUGGGCUUCCUCCUGGCUGUGAUUGGAGGCCUGGCGUAUUUACGGAGACACAAUUUGGAGUUUCUCUUUAACAAGAAUGUCUGGGCCUUCUCUGCACUGUGCUUUGUCCUGAUCAUGACUUCAGGGCAAAUGUGGAACCACAUCAGAGGACCUCCUUAUGCACACAAGAAUCCUAGCACUGGCCAAGUUAGUUACAUCCACGGCAGCAGUCAAGCCCAGUUUGUGGCGGAGACGCACAUCGUCCUGCUCUUCAAUGCUGCUGUCACCAUGGGAAUGGUGCUGCUGUGUGAGGCUGCUACCUCUGACAUGGAUAUCGGCAAGAGGAAGAUUAUGUGUGUUGCAGGUAUUGGUCUGGUGAUGCUGUUCUUCAGCUGGCUGCUGUCCAUUUUCAGAGCCAAGUACCACGGAUAUCCAUACAGCUUCUUGAUGAGUUAGAGCUCGCCGAUGUUCUUCAGCGUCAUAGCAAGUAUGAACUGCAGGACAGGAAGUUCCUCAAAGUGCUGUUAAUUGCUGUCAACAAGCAGGGUGCUGUCCAUGGCAAAGAUGCCUCAUUUCUGUUUGCUAAGCCAUAAUUUGUCUUCUGUUCUGUUGAGCCAAAGUCUGUGUUAACACAUGUACAUACACACCGUGCCUUUACAGUGACUCAGCAAGCAGUUAAUACAUCAUCAGUGUGCAGUCUAUGUUGUGCCAAGAGCUGUUUUCUAGAUUAGAAUUUUGAAGAAAUAAAACAUAUUUUUUUAAAUUUAUAAUUGGUAAUAGUUCAGUCCAGCCCCUACUGGACACAAAUCUCAGUCUGUGUCUUUAUUUUAAAGUUGUUGGGACCAUAAACAGGCCAUGGACUCUCUUCUCUGACGUUGUUGGUUGUUUGUUUGUGUGUGUGUGGGUGUGGCUGUGGCUGAACUUAAAUCAGGAUCAUAUAUUUAUGGAGGAGCAGGCAUUUCAGGCAUCCAGAGUGUCUGGAAGUCAUUUUGGUAACACUUUAUACAUGUGGCAUAAGCACCCACUCAUAUAUUAAGGUUUUUAAAAUUAAAUAAACCACUUUUAAGUUCUGUAAGUAGAAGAGACAAUUUGGUGGAUGGAGUUUAGAAGCAGUUGUUGAUUGUGGACGGUUGAACUGCAGACUUCCCUGUGAUGAUUCCCCCUGGCUGUGCUCUGGCUUGAUUACUUUAGGUUAUACCAGACAUUAACCAUCAGGAUGAGUACUGACAAAUGUGAACUCCCAAGAGGCAGUAAGAAAAAUGACUGCAUCAGUAAUGACACACUGAAGCUGGGGGAGUUAAAUUUGCCCCAAUGCUCUAAAUCUUACAUAAAGCAACCAGUGUGGGCAUGAUUGAAUUAACUGUUAAUGGAGUCACCUCAAAUGUGAGCUGAGGAGCUCUCAUUAACUUCAGUAUUCUCUAAGCAAAUAUAUAUUCAUAUAUAUUUAUAGAGAAAGAGAUGGCUUAUAGAUAGAUAUGGAUAUAUUAAUAAAAUUAAGUGUGAUUAAUAAAAAAACAGUACAUUUAAGUUUAAAUCUAAGUUAGAUAUUAUUUCAGUUGGAUUUAAAGCAACUUCUACAACACAGAGCCUAAAUGCACAGGAGGGGGGUCAAAGCAGGACCCAGUCGAGGGCCCUCGUGACAUCCCUUUUUGUAGUGGGUACGUAUAUACUGGAUGAUUACCAACCAGGCAAACAUCCCUAUUGAGUGUUUGCUGAGUUGGUAAUUUGUUUACAGCAAAGUGUUCAGGUUUUAACCUUUGGUAUUUCACUCCUGUUGUUUGUACACAGCCGCAGCUGCCAUUGGCUGUAGGAAAGGUAUGUGAGGUAUGUAGAGCAAAGUAAAAAAAUACCCCCUGCCAAAGAUCACAAGCAGCCCAUAAACGCACCAUUACCAAGUGGACUUUUGUUUCUCUGUGGGUGAACGCUAAGGAUGUUGUUUAAAGAGAAGCUUUCAGAGGCAGAUUUUCAUCGCUUUAAAAGCUGUGUUGAGCCACUGAGGUGUGUGAUGACGUGUGUGUGUGUGCCUGUGAACUAAACAGAGUAAUGCGUGUCGUGAUUUUCAGAAAUCUGAAGGUUGCUCGAACUGGAGUGAGUUUGGAGUACUGACAAAGUACUGACAAAUCCAAACAACGUAUGUUGUAACAGUACACACUAUAGUACUCAGGUGAAUGGCCUCUAUGUAGUAAAUAUACAAGAGAUGGAAUUGAUUGUUUGUUUUUUUUAUCUCUUUUUAAACACCGACUCAGAGUGCAUCUUUAUUCUCAGGGUUUAUAACAGAACCGUGGAAUUUAAGAGUAUGAAGCAUUAGUAGAUGGAGGAAAAAAGAUUUAUAAAGUUUAUUCGCCCAUUUGUUUUCAAAUUCCCAAAUGAGAAAUGUCAGAUGUUGAAUGAAAAAUGAACAAAGAUGUUUUUUCUUUUUAAAAAUCAAAUCACCUCUAUUAAAAUUAAUUGAAGGUGAAUUAUUUUUCACAUGGGUUUUGUGUAGAGUGUCUUAGUCCUCACCUGUAAUGGGGCUGCAGUGAGCUGUUAAAGCUGAAUAAUCACACUUCCUGUUAAAGAAUGAUUAUUGUCCCUUAUUAAAAUGUAAGAAUGGCUUUAACCGCUGACCAAGCUGAGAUUUUUGAGUUUGAUUACAUUAUAAGAAGUUUACCAUCUCAGUCAUCAGAAUACUUCAGUUUGAUUUUUGUCUUUAUUAAAAUGCCUUAACCACCUUGA